GAGGGAAAGGAAUGGCGUGGCAAUGGCGUGUCAAGAGGCUCUUGCCACAAAUCAGUGCAGCCACUCCUUCCUCGCAGGCGCUAGAUCAUCAUGUGGAUCGUCGAGGCCUACAGAACGACCGCAUUCUCGCUCUAUGGGACGCUCUACUUCACUCGGUCGGCCUUCCUGAAGCAUGCUGCCGGCUUUAAGAAAGAGGACUUGGAUGUGGAUAUGGCUGGGAAGAACUGUGUGGUCACCGGGGCCAAUACAGGAAUUGGAUUUGCAUCGGCGGAAGCUCUGGCUGCCAGGGGUGCGAACGUCUUUCUAGUGUGUCGCAACAAAGAGAAAGGCGAGAAAGCUGUCUCGGAGAUCAAGUCAAAGACUGGGAAUGACAAAGUUGAGCUGGAGCUUUGUGAUUUAUCUUCACUGAAAGAAGUCAAGGAGCUGGCCACGAGAUUUCUCAGCAUGGACAAGGCGCUCUAUGUUUUGGUGAACAAUGCGGGGCUGAUGGAACACGAACGCAAGACUACAGCAGACGGGUUGGAGUUGAACUUCGCAGUGAAUAUAGCUGCUUCGUAUACUCUCACGGAACUUCUCAUGCCUGCGCUUGAGAAAGCAGCUCCAGAGUCGCGAGUGGUCACUGUAUCGUCUGGAGGCAUGUAUGGAAGUUCACUCACCGAAGAUUUACAGUAUUCAGAUGACAAGUUCAAUGGUCUUGUCCAGUAUUCGCGUAACAAGAGACUCCAGAUUGCCAUGACCGAAAACUGGGCAAAGUUGUAUGGAUCCAAAGGUGUCGGCUUUUAUACGAUGCAUCCUGGCUGGGUCGACACAGAAGGGGUUGCAAAGAGCCUCUCGUCAUUUAGAGAGAAAUUCCAAGGCAAGCUCAGAACUAUCGACCAAGGCGCUGACACAAUAGUGUGGCUGUCGCUCCAGCCAAACAGCAAACUAAAGUCGGGCGAAUUCUACUUCGAUCGUGCACUAGCUCCCAAGCACCUGGCUGCGUGUGGAACUGGCUACAAACCCCAGCUGGCCGCCAAAAUCAUCUCCAAAGUCCGUCAGAUCUGUGGCGUCGACGCUCCAGUCAGAGAAGUGAACGUCGCUUGAGGAACGAAGAAGAUCCCCGAAAAAUAAGACCUUUGCAAUGGUCAGGUAUUGACGAGCUUUUCUUUAUUUCACACAAUCAUAUCACACAGUAUUUACAAAUCAAUUUACAGGAAUGUGUCAUGCGCUCCCUUUAGGAGAUACUCCGGAAGGAUUUUGGUACCAUCUUAUCGACGAAGAGAAUGCCUUCCAAGUGAUCGCUUUCGUGCUGAAGUGCCCGAGCCAGCCAGCCUUUGGCGUCAAUCUGGAUCUUCUCGCCCCUCCUGUUCAAUCCGGUAGCUUUCACUCUCGAGAAUCUUUCGACGAGAGCACAGUAGCCACAGACGCUGCAAAGAGGACAAGAAAAAUUGGUUUUUUUUCUUC